UAGGAAUUUGCAAUUAUGAGAGGUUGUAUCACGUUACAUUCUUUCUCUGUUCAAAUACUCUCCUUUUUCAACAAGGUUAAAGUCCAAGUUGUCUGGUGGCUGGCAGCUUCACUUAACAAACCUCUCCAAGCUGUCUUCUCUUCUCUUCUCUUCUCUUCUCUUCUCAUUCUCUUAUUUUCUGUCACUCAGGACUUUUCACAAACACCUUACCUUAUUUUCAUUUCAUUACCAUUCAAACUACUCACAAUGCAGACGAGGACAGUGCAAGUAAAGAAGGUUUCAGAUCUAGCUAGCGAGAGAGAAAUUCACGAGUUCUUCUCUUUUUCUGGCGAAAUUGAACAUAUUGAGAUCCAGCGUGAACAUGGGCAAUCAAAGACAGCAUUUGUUACAUUUAAAGAUCCUAAAGCACUUGAAAUUGCAUUGUUAUUAUCGGGAGCAACAAUAGUAGACCAGAUUGUGAGUAUAAGUCCUGUUGAAAAUUAUGUACCAAACCAUGAGAUGCAAGAAGCAAGGAUGGUGGAAAAUGCUGUCUGUGUUGCUCCUGAACCUGUCUCACCAAACUCUGAGCAGGACAGAAAUAGCCCACGUAUCAAUGGAAGGGUGUAUGUUAGUAAAGCUCAAGAUGCAGUUGCUAAUAUGCUUGCAAAAGGUUCAGCUAUUAGACAAGAUGCCGUGAACAAGGCUAAAGCAUUUGAUGAAAAGCAUCAGUUGAGAGCCAGUGCAUCUGCAAAGGUUAUUUCUUUUGACAGGAAAGUAGGGCUUACAGAAAAAUUGACAGUUGGGAUUUCCGUUGUUAAUGAGAAAGUAAAAUCCGUUGAUCAAAGGCUGCAAGUAUCCGAUAAAACAAUGGCUGCACUAUUUGCUGCAGAAAGGAAAAUUAAUAAUACAGGAUCAGCUGUAAAAACUAGCAGGUAUGUAACCGCUGGGGCAGCAUGGUUAAAUGGUGCAUUCAGUAAGGUAGCUAAGGCUGGCCAGGUGGCAGGUACAAAAACCAGAGAAAAGUUCCAUAUGGCUGUGUCAAACUUGACGACAAAGGAUCCAAUUGCAGCAUAGGCCAAUUACAGGUUCUGUUCUCAUGAACACAAUCAUCAACCAUGUUGGUCUGAUCAAUGAUCAUCAAAGUCACAAUCAUAAUAUUAUGUGGGUUGCAGGUUUGGUUGGAGUAGUUUAUAUCAAAUUUGUUGUAUCUUUCUAUAUGCAAAUAUAUCGUUUAGGGUCUGGUGUGUGCAACUGCACUUAAUCAUGUAAUUCAUUUUUUUUCUUUUUUCAUUUUUUAUAUUAAUUUUCCUCGGGUAAUUGUGCCUGCUGGUCCAUUAAUUUUGCAGCUUCAAGAUUAGUUGAGUGGAAAACAAUGUUAAAAAGAAAUAUAUAUUAUUGAUUGAGUGGAAAAGAAAUUAAAAUUGUUUGACAUACAAUUUUUACUGGAAGAAA